AUGUCUGACGAAAAAGCAACGCCGAUCGAGACAAUCAAAGUGGACCAGGUUCUAUCUCAGAAAGAGCUACGUAACGUGGAUCAAGCUUUUGAGUAUGCCUUAGAUACAGAUGGUCUGGCUCUAGACCCAGAGGUAGAGAAAAAAGUGGUUCGAAAAAUUGAUUGGUACAUCCUCCCACUGAUGUGCAUGCUCAUGUCUUGUCAACUCAUGGACAAGUCGACAAACUCCUAUGCUUCCAUCACGGGUCUUCGUACAGAUCUAGAGAUGAGUACUCGAACUUACUCCUGGGUUGCCAGUUGCUUCUACCUUGGCUACCUUGGGUUUUGCUACCCCGCAAAUAUGUUACUUCAACGAUUCCCGUUGUCCAAAACGCUUGGCUGCGCAGUCCUUGCCUGGGGGGUGGUUAUUUGUUGCCACGGAGCUACUCAGUCCAGCUCUACAUUUCUUCUUUGCAGGACCCUGUUAGGUGUGUGCGAGUCAUUCAUGGAUCCAGCAUAUAUGAUCAUGACUAGUCAAUGGUACAAGAAAGAUGAGCAGUAUAGAAGAUGUGGUUACUGGCUGGGAUUCCAAGGAAUCGGAACCAUGUUGGGCUCUCUCAUUGCGUAUGGAUUUUACGUCCAUAAGGAGUCAUAUUCCACUUCUCCUUGGAGACUCUUGUAUGUUGUGACAGGAGUCAUUACGAUCUUUUUCGGUAUUAUAUCGCUCAUACACGUUCCCGACAUUCCAACCAAAGCAUGGUUCUUGAACGAGCAGGAAAAAAAAUAUGUCGUGGAAAGAAUCAGGGGUAACCAGACUGGAUUUGGAAAUCAACACUUUAAGCUAUCUCAACUAAAGGAAGCUGCCUGUGAUGUCACCUUAUACUUAUUCUUCUUCUACAUGUUUGGAUAUGGAAUCCCAAAUGGCUCCAUAGGGAACUUUGGAAGCAUUUUGCUGAACGAUCAAUUUGGGUUCACCACUCGUCAAUCGUUAUUGCUUAAUCUUGUGGGGAGUGGAAUCGAUAUAAUAUUCCCGCUUGCAUUUGCAUACGUCAACUACUAUUUGAUCCCGAGCAGACUCGCCGUUUGUUUCUGUAUCAACUCGCUAGUUUUUACAGGCCUUUGUAUGCUUGCGUUUGCUUCCCCCAUGGGUGCCAAAUUAGCCGGAUACUUUAUGAGCUACCUCACUACGGCAAGCUGGGCUUGUAUGAGUUCAGUUGUGUCCUCGAACGUUGCAGGACAUACGAAGAAGAUCACAGCCAACACUCUUUUCCUGAUUGGAUUUUCUGCGGGAAACAUUAUUGGCCCCCAGGCGUUUAUUGGAUCAGAAAAGCCGAUCUAUAUCACCGCCAAAAGAACAAUGGUUGGAACAUAUGUCAUUUCGGCAAUUGCUCCUUUGAUUUUACUUGGGAUCUACUACUACAGAAACAAACAAAAGGAUGCGAUAGCUAAGGACAUCAAUGGAGAGGACACUACACUUGCUUUUGGUGACUUGACAGACAAAGCAAAUCCUGCUUUCAGAUAUAUUUUGUGA